AUGGCAUCGAACAGAGUACUUGAAAAGCCAAAGAUUAGCAAGCGGAGUUGGAGCGAUGAGUUCCGUUACUAUGCCCAGAAUUUGAAUAUUAUGAAUGCGAUAAUCCUACUUGGCGCUAUCCCAACUUACUUCACGGCCAUUCUGCAUGUGCCUCUUCGCUGGGAAACCUUCUUAUUGACUGGUGUCUUCUACCUCGCAGGAGGUAUGGGGAUAACAGCAGGAUAUCACCGUCUCUGGUCUCAUAAAUCGUACAAAGCAUCAACGCCACUACGAUACUGGUUGGCCAUAAUGGGAGCCGGUCAAUGGCAAUGGUCCAUCCUCUGGUGGGCAAAGCACCAUCGCUCCCACCAUCGCUACACCGACACCGAACAAGAUCCUUACAACCCCACCCGUGGGUUCUUUUUCUCCCAUGUUGGGUGGCUAGUUGGUUAUAACCCCAAGUCAUGGGGAAAGGUAGACCUCUCAGAUCUACUAGCCGACCCCGUAGUAGUCUGGCAACACAAAUGGGGCACUCUUGUAGGGUUCAUAACCGCCGUUUUGUUCCCAGUGUUAAUCGCCCAUUUUGGCUGGAAUGAUGCACGCGGUGCGCUUGUGCACACAGUUCUGGGACGGUUGAUGUGGAUCUGGCAUCUAGGAUUCUUCGUGAAUUCCAUCGCGCACCUCCCCUGGUUUGGCUCACAGCCGUACUCGGAUAAACACAGUGCGCGCAAUGUAUUACUCUUCGCGUGGGUUUUGGCGGGCGAGGCCAGUCACAAUUUCCAUCAUACUUUUCCUGCUGAUUAUCGGAAUGGACUUCACUGGUAUGAAGGUGAUUUGUCACGGUGGUUUAUCCGAACCUGUGAGCGGUUAGGACUUGCGUGGGAUCUUCAUAUCACCAGUCCAGCUGAGAUUGAGAGAGCGCGACAGCGGCAGAUCAAUAUUGCGGAAGGGAUUGCUCAUGGGCCGGAGAUUGCUGAGCUGCCCGAGAUGGAAUGGCAGGAUUUUGUGGAACAGGCGGCUGCUGGUCGGUGCAUUACGGCCGUGCAUGGGAUUAUUUAUGAUGUCACUGAAUUCAUGGCUGAACAUCCUGGUGGGCCUGAAUUGGUGCAGCAAUAUAUCGGGAAAGAUGCUACUGUGGCGUUUUAUGAUGAGGCUUCUCAUGUUCAUUCUCCUUAUGCUGAGACUUUGUUAGGUAAUAUGCGGGUGGCCGUUACGCGUCGACAGGAGGGUUUCAACGAGAAGAAAACAGGCUAA